GAGGACGGUAGUCUAGAUCUUGCUUGCCCCAGCAGAUCGCCUAACGCGUGUACGGGAACCCCAGUCAUACCCAGCAGAACUGCUAACGAAAAGCGUUACAGCGCCUGGGACCAACCCAGCUAGAGGAGACACCCGCCGCGGACCCUAGCGCCACGAACCACCUUCACCCCACCAGAGGUUAUCGUUGCGACCUCACCAUCCAUUCAACCUGACCACGCUUGGCGGCCCAACCUCGAAACCACUCCUCAGACAUCUUUGCCCACGUUCGUCGUUCACCUCUCCCGGCGCCCUCGCAGCUCCUAUUCUCUGGCCUCCCCUUCCGUUGAGGACGAGCUCGAGUUGAAGAGUCCAAGACCAGCACGGGAUCCUUAGAGACUUGAAGCGAAACACCAGUCGACACACCAGCGGGCCCCUUCCUCCCAAACGCAAACGCUCGCGGUUGUUUCGGCCUCCACAACCUACGAGUGCCCGUAUCAGAGGCCUCGUGGUAAUCUGAACAGACAGUCAACGAGAGGCGCGACGACCCUCAUCAAGGUCAUCUUAGGAGCAACGACAGACAACACAUUUUACGAUGGCUGAUCCUUUUGCGCCGCGCUCUAUGAAGCGCAAGAACGUCAAAGGCCUCGCCUUGACCCCCGCCGCUCCCAAGCCGCCACCGACCGCCGAGAACGCCAAUUUCAGUCACUCGAGGAACAACCAGUCUGAAGACACCUCAGCACAGCUGGAGAUCGGCAUCGAGUUCAACCUCGACCUGCGCCCAGAGGAUCUCGAGAUCAUCAAGGACCUUGGCUCGGGCAACGGCGGCACCGUGAGCAAGGUGAAGCACAUUCCGACCAACACCACCAUGGCCCGCAAGGUCAUUCACGUCGAGGCGAAGCGAGAGAUGCGCAAGCGUAUUGUUCGAGAACUCCAGAUCAUGCACAACUGCCAUUGCGAGCACAUCGUUACGUUCUACGGUGCCUUUCUCAACGAUAACAACGAUGUGAUCAUGUGUAUGGAGUACAUGGACGUUGGUUCUCUCGAUCGCGUCUCCCGAGUUUUUGGCCCUGUCCGCGUCGAUGUCUUGGGCAAAAUUGCAGAAGCGACGCUCGGUGGCCUGACCUACCUCUACUACAAACACCACAUCAUGCACCGAGACAUUAAACCCUCCAACAUCCUUGUCAACUCGCGUGGCCAUAUCAAGCUCUGCGACUUUGGUGUGUCUGGAGAGCUGAUCAACUCUGUCGCGGACACAUUUGUGGGCACUUCCACAUACAUGGCCCCGGAGCGAAUCCAGGGUGAAAAAUACACGGUCAAGUCAGACGUUUGGAGUUUUGGCCUGUCCAUCAUGGAGCUUGCCAUCGGGAAAUUCCCUUUUGCCGCCAGCGAGCAGCUGUCGGAUGCGGAGGCAGCCCCGGCUGGUAUUCUAGACCUGCUCCAGCAGAUUGUGCACGAGCCAGCGCCUAAGCUGCCCAAGAGUGAUGCUUUCCCGCAGAUCCUGGAGGAUAUGAUUCAGAAGUGUCUCUUGAAGACACCAGAUGAUCGGCCAACGCCCCAAGAACUCUACGAUCGCGACCCGUUCGUUCAGGCCGCGAAGAGGACACCGGUUGAUUUGAGAGAAUGGGCAGUCAGCCUGAUGGAGAGGGACAACCGGAAAUCUCAUCUUGCUCCUCAGCUCUCACCAGGUACUCAGGAGCUCUUGAGAUCCAACAACUCUCCAGACGGCGCCGCAGAGGAUCGUGCAUUGGCGACACCCACGUCAGGUGAGAUCCCCAUCGUGGGUGCUUUACUCCAGUCACCUCGUGACCAAUAUAACAGCGCAUCGAACCGAUCACCGACGCGAAGCGACCGGGGGCCAGGGAGCAGCUCAGCUGGCCGACCAGGUGGACCGCCUGUUCAUCCGGGACUUGGAUCACGCGUAAGCACGACAAACUCGAUCCCGAAAAUGGCUCCGCCUCCACCUCCGCGUCCCGGUCGUCACAGCCCCAAUCUUUCAGCCGGCUCGGGCAGCGGCAGGCAGGCUACCUUUGCCUUGCCCGUGCGUCCUGCUCCUGCCGGACCCCUUCCGAACCCACCGAUGCGGAAGCAGACGCCGGACGAGACAACAAGCGGCAGGGGGCCAAUGCGGCGGCAGGCGACCUGGGGUGCUUCGUCGGGCUCGAUGGGUGCCCAGGGGAUGGGUGGAUAUCCAGCAAACCAAGUAAGGCGCGAAUAGGAUCCGCUUUCCUUACUCUCAUAUCAUCUGGACAGCAUCUCCCCGCAUCGCGAGAGAGAGCCUGUCAUUCCCAUCACCUAUCCAAGUCUCCUUUUCCAUUACCUGUACUCAACCCAGGACCAAUCCGUCAUAUCUCUCUACUACCAAGCAUCUUCGUUCUCCUCUCUUGUGGAGACUGGUCCUUCCGAAAGAGAUCUUACCACUGCAGCCAGCUCUCCAUUCUCGUCACUCUAGCAUCUCCUCGGAGUACUCGGCUUUGAACUCAGCAGCUCUAGCGAAGGGCAAGGUCGAUGUUAGCACUGUUUCACAACAGACUGUCGGCUUGUGGAACGGAGGGUACUUCUGCUCGUCGUUCUCCUUUCUUUUUCUUCGUGUGGAUGGCAUCAGAGUAGUUUUGCAAGGAUUUAUUUUUGUUCAAGGACGACCGAAACAUUCAAGCACCUUUGUUGUGGCCAGCGAGCAUAAUCAAGAUUUGUUGGACAGAUGCAUUGUCGUCUAGGAUAGCAAUACCAGAUCCGUUGAGACGCAGAGUAAGCGAGCCUCAAGGCUCUAGGGGUUCAUUGAACGGUCUACGCUAGACGGGGGCAAAUAAUACGGUUGUUUGGUUGAG